CGCGUAUAUCCUAUCCUCUUAAUACCUCAUAAUCCCCAGAUCAAGUCUUCGUAGCAAUUUCUCGUCGCAUACAGACACCACACUGCUCCAAGGCCAAACCGAUAUGUUGCCAUUCAUGAAGCUAACUUUACUUAAUCUCCCCGGGAGUCCGACGAGAGAUACUCAUUCAUUACCUCUUACUUUCGGCUCCAGAAUUUGAAGCACCUAAAGGGAUUCAUGCCACGCCGUUCAAUCGACCUCUCCUCGCCUUCUGCGAUUCUAAGGCCGAGAGUGGAUCCAGCCCCCAAAUUUUAGGAGAAAUACCGAGACAAAACCACCCACCGUUGGAAAAUGGUCAAACUUCUAUCUCACAGAGGCAACAAUGAACCUGAUGCAGGUGAACAAGCUCCUCUACAACGGAGUCUCAUCCUGCGUCUUCUCAGAAUUCGCCCUCAUCCCGCCUCGUCAAAUCUUCCGCUUCGUUCACUGGUUCCCCUUCCUCCCCAACCAAAAUGCUCAAAUCUUUGAUCUCGUCCGGCAUCUCCAGCUCCGCGUCUCUUUCUCCCUAAACGAGGAAGGAGCAGAGUCUCAUUACCUCGAUGCCAUGAACGAAGAAGACGUGACUAGAUUCAAGGGGUUUCGGGACUGGUUCGGUGGUCUGAGGAGCGUGAGGUUGCAGAUUUGGUUUAGAGGUGGGAAGUUUGAGAUGCUCGAGGAGAAGAAGAAGAAUGUUGUGAGGAGGAUUAUGAGGUGUGUGGAUGUUUCUAGGCGGGUUGAGGUGCUGCAUUUUGUUGAGAGGACUGAGGAGGGAGGGGGAUGGUUUGGCUUAUGAGAGGAAUAGCGUGAGGGAGCGGAUUAUUGAGGAGAUUAUCGGGGAGUGUGAGAGGCAAAUUGGGGGAAAGGAGAUUCGAAUUUGGCAUCCGAUAAAAUUACACUGUUUCGUUAGUGAAACUGGAUUGGGAGAAAGAACAUUCGGUUGACAUAUCCUCUCCUUGUCAUGUGACCAACCAAGGGUCACAGGAUAUCAAUAUUUCUUCGAUUGUGUCAAUUUGAAGAUUAUGGAAUAGAGUUUUGAGAACAUAGUUGUUUUUGAUCCCCG